GUAGAUGCUAACUCCAUAAUAGAGGGUAUAUGCUAGAAGGGAUACAGUUUUUGUCGAAUUAACGUCAAAAGUUGGUUAUUUUUUUCACUUGAUCUAACCCUAACCUAAUCAUCCCAACCUGCUGCGUAAAUUCUAACCUACGAAAAGUCAAAUCUGACAAUAACUGGAUCCCAUCUAGUUCUAACUCUUAUAAUACCUACGUUGGUGAAAUUGAAAGAGAAAUUUAACGACUUUGAUACUAGCUAAGUAAAUUGAUAUAUUUGGUAAAAUGCACCAUAGCUAGCUAGUUCGCGUGUGCUAUUUUCAGACAAAUGUGCCGGCUCUGUAGAUGCUAAAGCUAGGAUCAGGGAGGCACUGCAUAGCCAGCUGUGACUGUAACGUUAGUGAUAUAACUAGCUAAUGCAAUAGCAUUGCUUUCCCUCGCAGAUUAAUAAAACAGAUUGCAUAUCCGUCCCACCUGGUUGACUACAGCUCACCUGCCAAAGUAAUGUCAACUGUAUCUGUGGAGCCAGUGCGCUCUAUUGACAAAUCGAAGCCUGCAGAAGGCAUCUGGCGCCUACGUCAUGUGAAGGGGGACCUGUUCUCCAGUCCUGAAGAUGAGGCCCUGGCCCACUGUAUCAGCAAAGACUGCCACAUGGGGGCUGGCAUCGCAGUUAUGUUCAAGAAGAAGUUUGGUGGAGUGGCUGAGCUAAAGGAACAGAAGAAGGUGCCAGGACAAUGCGCUGUACUGAAAGGACACAAGCGUUUUGUGUACUACCUGAUAACAAAGGAAAAGUACAGCAACAAGCCCACCUAUGACAGCCUGAGGCAGAGCCUUGAGGACAUGAAGUCUCAUUGCUUGAAAAACGGAGUAACUGCAAUAUCAAUGCCUCGCAUUGGCUGUGGUCUUGAUCGACUGAGCUGGGACAAAGUGGAAAAGAUGCUUGAGAAGGUAUUCCAGCCCACAAGUAUCAGUAUCACUGUGUACACCCUCCCUGUAAAACCCACAGGCAAACCAAGUCCACGGGGAAACCAAGUUUCCAAUCAUGUUUUCUGUAAAACAAAAUUAAGUUAAACUCACAGACAAUAUAUCAGCAUACUGGUAUGCACCUGUACAAAGUUUGCCCAAGGCUGUACUUUUGAAAGAGAAUAAACACACUUUUCCUUGAAAUCAUACCCCCUCUUCAUCUCCUCUUUACCCCUGUUUUCAUUGUUCUGUGAAAUGACCAUGUUAAUAUUUUGCACUUUAAUUACUGUCCUAUAUAAUACCAAUAUCAUAUUCAUAGGAAUUCUGUCCACCAGAAGGGGGCACCAAUGAUUGUUUUCUCCACAUCACUUCAGUGGCUUGUUCUGUACUGCUUUUUGUAAUAUGCUGAUUUUAAAUACCCUGUAACCCUGUAAGUACCUUGCAUGAAUAAUAAAAAGAAAAUUGUGAUUUUAAUUUCACAAUAUAAUA